AUGACGUUUGUAUUUGAGUUCAAAAACGAAACUUCAGAAAAUUACAAUACGACAAAUGCUCCAGGAGACAAUAAAAAAGCUUACCUUGAACAAAAAAUGAAAGUGAAAGAAAUGUUAUCAUAUUCGACUUAUAAACUAACACUUUCGUUAAAAGACCUAAUUAAAUCCACAAAAUCCAGGGAGGCUAAAAAAUUUCUGAAGAAAAAAAGGAAAAAUCCACCUAGAUAUUUGAAUAAAUUUUUUAUUUUUAGAAAAGAUUUAGAUGCUCGGUACCGAAAAGCGAACGAUUCUAAUUUAUCUCAGAAAUCUCCAACUUGUACAUCAUGGACGACUCCGAUAUCCCUGUCGCCUGUAACAUCUACCUCGUCUCCAGUACCACCAUCAUCUUCAAUAUCAUCUCCACCUCCAACAUCACCUCCUUCACAAACUUUGUCUUCAUUUCUAUCUCCAACAUCACCCUGGCAGUUGUCACAAAAUAUAUACUCCCCAAUUUCGAAUACGAGCGAAAAUAAUGAAUGUAAUAAUGAAAAUUCGAAUUUAAAUUACAACAACAACAAUAAUAAUCAAGAAUUGUUUGAUCCUAGUGAAAAUAAUAAUUUGGAAGACUCUUCUGGAUGUUGUAGGCAGAAUAAUUUAACCAAACAAUGGCCAGGAUUAAACCGUUCUAGCUGUUGUUUGGUUUGA